CAGAGAGAGAGAGAGAGAGACACAAGAAUGGGAUGGGAUGGGAUGGGAUGGGAUGCUAUGCUUUGUCGAUCGACUCUGCUCUUUCUCUUAAGCUCCACUCUCUCCAUUAAUGGCGGCCUCCUCCUCUCUCUCUACAACUUGAGAACUGGCCCAUAAUCACAACCUGAACCAUACCCUAGAAGGAAGAAGGACUGAGCGCCUUAAUCCGACUUCCAACUUGAAUUAUUCCCAAGAAGAUUCAAGUGGUCAAGGUUUAUUCUUCUGUUGAGUUCGUCUUCUUCCUCUUCUACUACUACUACCACCAUGAUGUUCCUUUCUUUCUUUCUUUUGGGCCCAUAACCAUAUAUCCAACCUGGAAAACCAUCUCCAACAAGAAAGAAGCGACUAUUAGACAGAAGAAUCAAAAGGGACCAUCAUAACCAAAGAAAAACAACACUAACCGUCCCCUUCUCUUCCUCCUCCAACCAUGGAGGACUGGUCCAAAUAUGCCCACAGCCCCGCUCACUUAGCUGUGGUGCGUCAGGACCAUGCUGCCCUCCGCUGUCUCCUCUCCUCCCUCCCUCGCCUCCCCCGCCCAGGUGAAGUCACCACUGAAGCAGAGUCCAUCAAUGCCGAAUCUAUUGCCGACUCCCUCUCGUCCGUAAUUGACCGUCGAGAUGUUCCCUUUCGUGAAACACCUCUCCACCUCGCCGUGCGCCUCAAAGACCCCAUCUCCGCGGAUCUCCUCUUGUCUGCUGGCGCAGAUUGGUCCCUUCAAAAUGCUUCAGGAUGGUCGGCCCUCCAAGAAGCUGUGUGUUCUCGCCAAGAAGGCAUAGCAGCUUCUAUUGCUCGACACUACCAACCUUUGGCUUGGGCCAAGUGGACCCGUCGACUCCCUCGCAUUGUUGGUGCGCUAUCUAGGAUGCCAGAUUUUUACAUGGAGAUUUCAUUCCAUUUUGAGAGCUCAGUGAUCCCCUUCAUCUCACGAAUUGCUCCCUCUGAUACAUAUAGGGUGUGGAAGAGGGGGGCAAGCCUUAGGGCCGAUACCACUCUUGCAGGGUUCGAUGGAUUUAGAAUCCAUAGGUCUGAUCAGAGCUUCCUUUUCUUGGGGGACCCUAAAAUCGAUGGUUUUGAUCCUGGUUCACUCUUGGUGCUCUCACACAAGGAGAAGGAGGUUCAUGACGCACUCGAAGGUGCAGGAAGCGCGCCCUCAGAGGCAGAGGUGGCCCAUGAAGUUGCCCUAAUGUCACAAACAAACAUGUAUAGACCGGGGAUCGAUGUGACACAAGCUGAGCUCUUGCCCCACUUAAAUUGGAGGCGACAAGAGAGAGCCGAGAUGGUGGGGCCUUGGAAAGCUAAGGUCUAUGACAUGCUCAAUGUGAUGGUUAGUGUGAAGUCGAGGCGGGUACCAGGGGCCAUGACCGAUGAGGAACUAUUCGUGGCUGAAGAGGAGAAAAGGAACUCAAAUGGGGGAGAGGGAUAUGAGGAUGUGUUGACCCCUGAAGAGAAAUCACAGCUUGAUUCGGCACUUAAAAUGGGGAAUUCGGAUGGGUUUGAGGAAGAGGGUCUAGAUAGUGGUGGUGGGGUCAGCUCAAAUGGCUCAAAUGGGAUUGUUAAAGAGAAGAAGGCUUGGUUUGGGUGGAAUGGGAAGAAGGGUUCAGGGGUGAAGGGCGAGGAGAAUUGUGGUGGUGGUGAUGAGGGGAAGAUUUUCAAGAAGUUUUCAAAGUUGGGACCAGAGGGGAGUGGGGGUCACAGUAAUGGGAGUUUGGAUCGUGGGUCGGGUGAGUUUGGGAAGGAAAAGGAGAGUAAGAAGAAGAAGAAGAAGGGCGGUGGGUUGGGGAACGAGCCUAAGAAUGAGAGCGAGUAUAAGAAGGGGUUAAAACCUGUUUUGUGGUUAACACAGGACUUCCCUUUAAAGACUGAGGAGCUGCUUCCUUUGCUUGAUAUAUUGGCGAAUAAGGUCAAGGCUGUAAGGAGACUGAGGGAGCUUCUGACCACCAAACUACCUACUGGGACUUUUCCUGUCAAGGUUGCCAUUCCUAUCGUUCCAACCAUCCGGGUCCUCGUGACUUUCACAAAGUUUGAGGAUUUUCAACCAUCCGAAAAGUUCUCAACCCCACUUUCAAGCCCCGCUUAUUUCCAGGACACCAAAGCCAAAGAUACUGAGGUAUCUGGCACAUCAUCCGGCUCGUGGGUCUCAUGGAUGAGAGGAAGUCGAGGCCAAUCAAGUGAAGCCCAAUCAUCUGAAAGCCAUUUGAGGGAUGAUUCGGACCCUUUUCAUAUACCCUCAGAUUACACUUGGGUAGAUGCAAAUGAGAAGAAGAGGAGAAUGAAGGCUAAGAAGGCCAAAAACAAGAAGGGUAAGAAACAGGCGGCACGGAACAAUUUGGAGGGGCAACAUCUCAGCGAACCAGAUGAGUAGUUUUAGAGCAUUUGAUUGACAAGAUCUCAGAUUUGAUGAUUGAUUCGUUUAAUUGGUAGAAGAGCUUUCAUAGCGUGAGGAAUGGGUUUAGUAUAUCUGUUAAUGGGAGCUUCUGCCAUUGUAUGAUGUGAUAUUUGGGAGAGGCCAAAUAUCUUUUUCCCCCUCCUAUUUCUUUUUUGGUUUUCUAAUUUAAUGUGUAUGUUGGAUAACCCCACCAAAAGUUGGGUCCUUCUUGUUUAUGGGCUUCGUUUGGGUUCUGCUUCCUUUGUGGGGUUUCUCAUCUCUCUUUCCCGUGUUUUCAGGCAAUGCUUUUGUAAUCGUGUUAUCUUUUGCUGCUGCUAACACCAUUUGUUUGCAAAGAGGUCUUUAAAAAUGCUUGGGUUUUGGC